CUGGACUCAAGCUAAUGUAAUAUUUGCCUUCAUAUAUUCCAGCUGUGUGGGUGUUGAAGAAGAAGAGGCACCAGACAUCGACAUCUAUCAUUGUCCAAAUUGUGAGAAAACCCACGGGAAGUCUACUUUGAAAAAGAAAAGAAAUUGGCAUAAACACGAUACUGGACAGACAACAGAGGUCAAACCUGUACAGAACGGGAGCCAAGUCUUUAUAAAGGAACUUCGAAGUCGUACUUUUCCAAGUGCUGAAGAUAUAGUCAUGAAAGUACCAGGCAGCCAACUAACAACAGAGUAUUUGGAAGAAAAUGGCUUUGCAGAGCCCAUCCUUGUUCCAAAGAAGGAUGGCCUGGGUUUGUCUGUACCCGCAUCCACCUUCUAUGUCAGCGAUGUUGAAAACUACGUCGGACCAGAGAGGAGUGUUGAUGUCACUGAUGUCACCAAACAGAAAGACUGCAAAAUGAAGCUCAAGGAAUUUGUGGAUUACUACUACAGUACAAACAGGAAAAGGGUCCUCAAUGUGACCAACCUGGAGUUCUCGGACACAAG